UGUAGGCGUCUAGACGUGUCUGUCCACCAAAUUCGUCAGUACACGGCACGCUAAUCCUAAAAUAAUAUUUAACAGUUAGGCUUAAUAUCCUGCGUUUGUCUAAGUCUCGUCUUUGAAAUUGAACGCCGCAAAUCGGAUAUCAUUGAUGUCUCAUUUUAAAAGACGGACAAUCAAGCCUUUAACUGAAGUUGGAGUUUGACUCGUAUGUGCUGAUUUUUUCUUUUUCUUUGGAGUAGCCUACGGUCAAUUCCGUACUCUGACUUUGAUCGAAUGGGAUCGUUUAAAAUUCAGACAGCAGGAUCUAACUGUACCGAACAGAGACAUGUGGAAGAGGGUCUCUCAUGAACUUUUUGGUCUUCGUGUGUAUUGCAGGAGCAGGACUAGUCUAUAGGUGUGGAUUUUGGAAUCUCGACCAUGGGCUCUCUGAAAGCUUUACAGGUUUGGUGCAGAAACCAGUGUGAAAGUUACAGUAAUGUGGACAUUACAAACAUGUCUUCAUCCUUCAGAGAUGGACUGGCCUUCUGUGCCAUCAUCCACAGACACAGACCUGAUCUCAUAGAUUUUGAUUCCCUCUUAAAAGAAAAUGUCUUUGAGAAUAACCGUCUGGCGUUUGAGGUUGCUGAGAGUGAGUUGGGUAUUCCAUCCUUGCUGGAUCCAGAAGACAUGGUGUCCAUGAGCGUGCCUGACAGAUUGAGCAUCAUCACCUAUGUAUCUCAGUAUUAUAACUACUUCACCAACAACUCUCAUACUAUCUCCACAAAAAUAAAGAGCCCUGGUGGUCCUGGUCACAUCAAACCAGCCAUAAAGAGACCAUUUGCUCCUUUAGAGGGAUGUGAUGCUCAGACUGAGUCUGGUGCAGAUAGCCAACCAAAACGCAGUACUCUGAGCAGCACCUGUUCAGUCUGUGGAAAGCAUGUUCACCUGGUUCAGAGGAUCCUCGUUGAUGGCAAACUUUAUCAUCGGAACUGCUUCAGAUGUAGGGAAUGCAGCAGAACUUUACUUCCUGGGUCUUACAAGUUUACAGAGGAUCCUGGAUCAUUAGUGUGCACACACCACUUCACCAGAUCUGCCAUUAAUCAGAAUGGUCGUUCAGAUAUGAGUAAUCAACUAGACAAAUUAAAUUCAACAAGCCAAGAAGACCCAAACAAUAGGAGUUUAGAAUCUAAAGCAUCACACAGCAAUGCUGAGAUCACCCCGGAGAGAGAGGAAAUUAAAGAAAUAGAAACGGCAUCAAGUAAGAAACCAGAUAGCAGAUCAAAAGUUGAGACAGAACAUGAAGCACCUGGUUCUUCUAGUCCACCAAAUCCUUUUGAAGAAUCUGAAGAGGUGGAUCAGGACACACGACAAGAAGACCACAAGCCAGCCACUGAUGUAGCCAGUGGUGAUGGUCCAGCAACUUUGGUGAAGAGUACUGCAGCAGAAGGUCGACCGGUUCCAGCACCUAGACGGGUAUUUGAGCCCACCCCUGCUCCUAGGCCUGUACCCAGGCCACGCCCACCCAGACCCUCUGAAAGCCCCAUUGUCAAUGGAGAUCCUGACACUCCAAUUUCUCCAACUCCUGUGCCAAGAGAAAGACUGCACUCACCUGCUCGCUCUAGCAAGGCUAAUGACACUCCUACACCAAAAGAACCACCCUGGCUGGCUCUUGUCCAAUCAGAAACAAAGAAGAAAGCAGCACCUCGCCCACCCACAGGUAUGGCUAUACCUCCCUGCACUGGUUCAUCUCCUUCUCAAAAGGAGGAGGAAUCAAGACCAUCGUCUCCUCCAAAUCCCUUUGAUAAUGAUGAGGAAGAAGAGCCAGAAACAUGUCCUGAAGAUCCCCCUGGUCCUGUGGUGGCUAGUCAUCCUUGGUAUAGGAUCACUCAGGCUGCUGAAAUCACAUCUGGGGACACAAGAAGACCAAGUCCUGCCCCUUCUGAAAGUCCCAUAAGUGUCCGAAGGAAGAAGCGUCCAGCACCAAAAGCACCGAAUUCUACUACAUCAGCUUUUCUUUCAUCUCCGACUUCUUCUCCUGCUUCUUCUAUAGCUCUGAGCACAGAGAGCCUCUCCUCCUCUUCCUCAGACCACAGUGCAGCCCCCCAGCAACCUGCUGCUGAUGAACAGGACCGUUUGUUUACCAAAAGUGUGUCUGAACCAUCAAUCAACGCUCCUGCUUCUGCCCUGUCCCAAAAAACUAAGCUUCAACCUCACUGUUCUCCAAACCUGCCUCCUCCACCACCACCUACCAACACCAGCUCAGCACCAGCUACUCCACAAACCAGUCGCAGUGUGAGACCACCACCGCCCCCUUAUUCACAGACACCCAGCACUCCAGGCAAGCGCACUUGUAAAGAGAAUCCAUUUAAUCGGAAGACAACCACCACUGUAAGUUCUUCUGUAUCCAGACCCCCAAAAGGGCCCCGUCCUGCACGACCUCCUGCUCCUGGAUAUGGAUUUCCUCUCAUUAAACGCAAAGUACAGUCAGACCAGUAUAUCCCAGUUGAAGACAUCCAUGUAGAGAUGAGUGACCUGGAGAAACGGUUGGAUGAAUUAGAGCAGAAAGGGGUGGAUCUAGAGAAGAGCUUACGAGAAUGUUCAAACGACGAUGAGGAGGAACAUCUACUUGUUGACUGGUUCACUCUGAUUCACGAAAAGCAUUUACUGGUACGGAGAGAGGCUGAACUGGUCUACAUAGCCAAGCAGCAGAACUUGGAGGAGAGGCAGGCUGAUGUGGAAUAUGAGCUUAGAUGUUUACUUAACAAGCCAGAGAAAGAAUGGACAGCUGAAGACAAAGACAGGGAAAAGCAAUUGAUGGCAGAACUUGUCACUAUAAUUGAGCAGAGGAACCAGAUUGUUAACAGCAUAGAUCUGGACAGACAGAGGGAGGAGGAGGAGGACAAACAAGUAGCUGCUAUGCUAAAGAAAAAAGAGUUCCAUGGACCGGCCGAACAGAAGAAGAAAGCAGGAAAGUUUAAGCCAAUUAAGGUUUUGAAGAGACUGAGCAUCAAAAAUGAAGGAGUAAAGGACAACAGUCCCGGAAAAGAGAACAGUUAAAGGGUAAACUUAGUGAAGGAAAGAAAAAAGAAAAAAAGGAUGUACGACAUGUCUUAUUAACACUUUAAAAUAUAUUGCUAUAAAACAGAACCAGUUAUGUUAAAUUUGUCUUUGAGGUAGUAGCAGCUGAACUGAUAUACUGCACUACUGCAGCUUAUAAAAAA